AUGUCUGAAUCGUCCGCCAUGAAACGCGUUAAGGCCCUGAUACAACUGGGUUGCAAGUUGCUCGUGAAUACUCGUAAUCUAAUUAAAGAAGUCGAUGUCAGCAACAUGAUCGAUGGCGAUGAAGGGUUAGAUCGCAAGGAGAUCGAGGCUAGCAUAAUAUUCCUAGAGAAAGUCACGGCCACCGAGAUCGCGGCGCUUCGACAGUUGCAGCGAAGGCAGCAAGGGGACCGCGAAUACGAUGUAGAAGAAGAUUCAUGGGACGAUAUAGCAGACGAGGUUCAUGUGGUAUUGGAUAACGAGAUUAUCACUUGGCCGCCUACGCAAGUGGACACCACCACCGCGUCCAGUAAGCGGUUGCUCGACCAAGCGGAUGGAACUGACGAAGAUGGCACUGCAAUUGACAAACCAUCCAGAAAGAAGACCAGGCGAAGCGGGGGAAAGAGGGCUGGGCAUAAGAAUACAUCCAAGGACGACAAUAAGGAUGACUCGGGCAACAAAGACGACCCUAAGCCUACUCAGCCUACCAAGAACGAAGAACGGGCGAAGGCAAAUGCCAUGCAGUUAGAUUUCAUUAUUCGAUCGGUAAAUAUGAAGAAUAAAGCCGGCGUUCAUUCUCUGUGGCGCCGUACUAUUGGUUAUGAGAACGGGGAUCAUAGAGAUGCAGAAAUCACGUCGUUUGCUCGAUUGUUGCAAGGUUAUAUGAAGCUUACGAGCAAGGACUUGGAUACAUGGUUCGGGGAAGUAGUCAGAAAAGACGGGAAUUUCAGGGUACAAAUCGAAGCGAUCGCGCUGGUGAAUGAGUCGGAAGAUUCUAUGGAGCGCAUGGGGAACUGGAGCAAGUCGUUGGCCACGUUCGAAUCAAAGUCAAAGGUACAUGAUCUCGUCCAGAAUGUUCUGUCGAUUAUCGUGCAGAUUCAAAUGGCCGAGGAAUGGGGAAGCCGCGGGAGGGCAUGGAAGACGAAAUAUAUUACCGACUCGUUCGAGAUUUUGAAGCAUAAGGAGAUCCAACACGCGAAGAGCGAACUGACGUCGAAGGAGUUCCAGGCCUGGUUCGAGAAAACUCGCGUCAGGUUUAGAGAUAUCGAACACAAAGCUGUGACCGCGCGUAAUUGGACGCUAUCUUUCGGUUCGAUCGUCUUGUUAGACAGUCGCUGGAACGCGAGUAGGUAUAGCAAAGACCAACAUAGCGCAGGUUUCGGAUCGUUCUUUCAGUUCUUCUUCGACAACAUACCCCAUCGUUACGCCGUAGGAGACGAAGCUACCCGUUACCCCGAUGAAUUGCGCUACGAUGUCGAAGCCCCGAUGGUCAAGUAUCACUACGGUAAUGAAGAUAACAACGAUCACACUGUAAUCGAGACCGUCAGGUUCAUAACAGGUGACGAUACCGUAGCAGGCUAUGUGGCAGAUUUUAUCAAGAAACGACGCAUCAGGCGCGGGAAGCGUGCAGUCAGAGGGGACAGAGAGGAUAACGAGAACGAUGGGAGUGACGAGACUGGCGGGAGUGGCGAGAACGGAGGGAGUGACGAGACAACAAACGAGUACGAUUAA